AGAUAUACCAAACACAACACCGCAUGCAAGGAGGACUCGUUUAGAUGGUAAAAAAGAUGAAAGACAGACUAGAGGGAGGCGCGGAACGAUGUGUAGAUGGGAGUGAAAGCAAAGAAUUCCAGCUGAACUAAUAAGUUCGCACGCAUGCAAAGCUCCCGCUAAUUGUGGGAGACGGGGAUCACAUAGUAACCAACCUGAUUUGCUUGCGUGCUUGUUCAAGGUUGGUCUUUAAAUAACCUAGUGUGGGUAUCACACUCUGCAAGAAUGUCCAUCGUAGUGAAAAGCGUGUGCAAGGCGUUGGAACGAAUUGCACCGCUCCGGCUCGCUGAAUCAUGGGAUAAAGUAGGCCUCAUCAUAGAAUCUCCCGUUCCAAGGUCCGACGCAAAGCGCGUGGUGUUGACGAUCGAUUUGACCACUGCUGUCCUCGAGGAGACAUUAAAAGUGCCUACAGCACUAGUGAUAACCUACCAUCCACCCCUCUUUCAACCCAUUACUUCUCUCACAUUAGCAAACCCACUGCAAGCAUCACUGCUCAAGCUCUCCGCCGCAGGGACGUCAGUCUUCUGCCCUCACUCAAGCCUCGAUGCGACUUGGGGUGGUAUCAACGACUGGCUUGCAGAAGGCGUCAUGGGUCUCCAAAAGGCUACUGGAAAAGUCGACAUCCUGGGAGAAGUCAAGGGAGAAGCAGGUGGUGCCGGCCGGAUCGUGACGCUUGAUGAACCGAUUCCUAUUGAGGAACUUGUCCAGAGAGUAAAGAAGCAUCUUGUUUUGUCACAAGUUGACGUAGGACGGCCGCUUGUUCAAAAAUCAAUCAAAUCGGUCGCAAUUUGCGCUGGUGCCGGGGGAUCGUUACUUUCAGGAGUUGACGCCGAUGUGUAUUUCACGGGAGAAAUGCAACAUCACGAGGUCCUUGGAGCAGUCGCAAGGGGUCGGUACGUCAUGCUAUGUGGACAUACAAACACCGAGCGUGGGUACCUCCCUAUUCUCGCAAAGAAGCUUUUGGAUGCACUCUCCGAACUUGUGCGGGACGAGUCACCCGAUGGAUUAUCGCCAGAAGAAAGAAUUGAGAUCGGGAAGUACCAGCUGGAUAUUCACAUAAGCGAAGCAGACAGACACCCUCUUGAUCGCAUGUAAACAAACGCGGUGUACACGGGAAGGUUUGGGUAUUUGAUUAUACAAGUACUAUAUAUAAUAUUGGUCGAGCCUUCUUUGACGAGGCAGUAUAGUCAGAUCUGUCACCUGCCGGAAGCUCGAAUUGGCUGUGUCAAAUGCAGAGACAAGAACUAGACAGAAUGCACACGGUAUCCUUAUCCUACAAGCUCCUGACUGUCUAUGACACUCGACCCUGCGUUUACCUUCCCCUAAGUUUGCUAUGUUUCUUAGAGUUCG